UUCCACCAGCCAGGACCGCUCCCAAAAGGAAGAAACUGGGAAAAGGCUUACCGACAGGGGAAAACAGAAGUUCGUUGCAUUACAGCAAUGGCAGCAUCCAUUUCCCAUUUCGCACCCUUCUCUUCUUCUCGAGGCUUCUCUCAUUCUUCUUCUUCUUCUUCUCCUCUUUUGCUUUCUUAUCUUCUUACUCGUUCAGUACAGUUUCACAGCAAUCACAUCCCCAGAAGCUUCGGCAUCGGCCAUGCCGGCAAUAGAAGAUACGGGCCUGUGCUGGUUCGGGCUAUGGCUUCCUCGUUUGGGUCUCGCUUGGAAGAGUCCGUGAAGAAGACAGUGGAGGAGAACCCAGUUGUUGUCUACUCCAAAACCUGGUGUUCGUAUUCUUCUGAGGUCAAAUCUUUGUUCAAGCGACUUGGUGUAGAACCUUUUGUGAUUGAAUUGGACGAGAUGGGUCCCCAAGGGCCACAGCUGCAGAAGGUGCUGGAAAGGCUUACUGGACAACAUACUGUUCCAAAUGUUUUUAUUGGGGGCAAACACAUUGGCGGUUGUACAGAUACUGUGAAGCUAUACCGGAAAGGAGAACUUGAACCUUUGCUAUCAGAAGCCAGCACCAGAAAGACAGAGAGCUAGCCUCUCUAGCAAAUUAUACUGGAGGAUCUAUCCCCCAUUGCAGACCUUGGAUUUCAUGACAAGAUGUGCUCUAUUUCUGCAUCUUCAAAAUAGCACAAUUCAUUUUAUUUGACGGAUCUUUCUGUAUUUCUCCAAUCAAAUUGUACAUUAAACUCAUGAAACUGUUAAUUUUACUCGUUGAAUGUGUUGGAUUUGCUCCUUAUGCU